AUGGACUUCCUGGUCGGAUCCUUCAACUAUGAUCUCUUCACUCUUCGCUUCGAGCCAAAAGAUGGCUCUCUGACACUCAUACGUCCUACGCCAGCCAUCGGUGGCCACUCCUGGCUCUCGUUAUCCAAAGACAAGAAGUUCCUCUACUGCACUGCUUGGACGAAACCUCAGCCCUCCAUUGCCAGCUAUCGCGUCGAGACUUCUGGCCGCGAGAUCUCAUUCCUCAAUGCCAAGCCUGUCAAAGCAUUGAGUGGCUACGUAUGCUGCGAUACACGACACGUCUAUUCUGUCGGCGGACCGACCGGUGAAGUCUUUCGUAUCGAGGGCGAUGGCAGUAUUGGCGCUCUAGUUCAAGAACUCGACUUCGUCGCACCAGACGGCAUCAACAUAUCUACUGAGCGUGGUAGCGUGCCACAUGGAGACUUCGGCGGUCUCCGGCAUGGUGCGCAUAGUGUCGAUUUGUCCCCUGAUGGCAGGAGCCUGUAUGUGGCAGACAUUGGCCGAAAUUGCAUUUGGACGUACUCGAAGGAUCUCAAGGCCAUCUACGGCGAGCCACCGCUCAAGCUGGUGAACAAGCACAUCACCCCGAGACCGACAGAUGGCCCCCGACAUACCUCGCCGCAUCCGAAUGGCAAGAUGUUGUACAGUUUGCAGGAGCACACAAGUAUGGUGGACGUCUUCUCGAUCGCACAAGAUGGUGUGACACUAGACCAUGUUCAAGGUGUGAAAGUGAUACCCCCGGACAACGAUCCGAAGCUAUACUGGGCAGAUGAGGUUCGUCUGUCCACUGGUCCGGACAAGACGAAGCCACGAUAUAUGUAUGCAUCGACCCGUGGUCUGGAAGCACAUACGAAAGGCUAUGUUGCUGUGUUUCGGCUCGAAGAAGAUGGUAUGCUUGCGAGCGAAAAUGCCAUCGAUGUCUGGCAAACUCCUACAAGUGGUGGUAUUGCCAACGCGAUCGAGCCGGCGCCGUGGCAGGAGUACCAGAAGGUGGAUGGUUAUGAGUACUUAGCCUUGACUGAUAGUGAGGAAGGAUGGGUAUACGUCUUGGCUUUUGAUGGAGAGAAGAUCACUGAAGUGACGAGGUUGAAUUUGGGUAGGACAGAUGGAGGGGAAGUGGUGAAAGCUGCCACAGCUGUGUGGUUAUCAUCAAGACUAUCAUCUCUGCUUCGACCGUCAAGUACAGCGUCAAGGAUCAAAAUCACCUCCAGCAGUUCAACACGCCACUUUGCGACCAAAACAAAGACACCUAUCACGAUGUCGAAAGACCAUAUUCUUACGCUAUCUUGUCCGGACAAGUCUGGUAUCGUGCAUGCCGUGACUGGAGUCUUGGCUAAACAUGACAUGACGGUACUGGACCUGCAGCAGUUCUCGGACCCAGAUCUAACAAAGUUCUUUAUGCGAGUACAUUUCGGCCAUGCAGACAAGACGAAACACCUGGAAGAACCAUUCAACGAGCUGGCAAAGGACUUGAAGAUGGAAUACGAUAUCGUGCCAAAGUCUCACAAGCCCCGAGUCAUGAUCAUGGUUUCGAAGAUAGGCCACUGCUUGAAUGACUUGCUCUUCCGAGCAAAGACUCAGCAACUGAACAUCGACAUCCCAGUGAUUGUGUCCAACCAUCCAGAUUUCGAACCAUUGGCCAAGACGUACGACAUUCCAUUCCACCACUUGCCUGUCAACAAAGACACCAAGACCGAGCAAGAAACCAAGAUUUUGGAGCUGGUCAAGGAAAACAACGUCGACCUGAUCGUACUCGCGCGUUACAUGCAAGUGCUGUCGCCCACACUUUGCAGCGCUAUGAGUGGCAAGAUCAUCAACAUCCACCAUUCCUUUUUACCUUCUUUCAAGGGAGCGAAGCCUUAUCAUCAGGCUUACGACCGUGGCGUGAAGAUUACCGGAGCUACGGCACAUUUUGUCACGGCCGAUUUGGAUGAGGGCCCAAUCAUUGAGCAAAGGGUUGCGAGGGUGGAUCACAGCAUGAGUGCUAAAGAGCUCGUGGACGAGGGUAGUAAUGUGGAGAGUCAGGUUCUGGCUGCUGCGUUGAAGUGGUGGAGUGAGAAGAGGGUAUUCCUGAACGGGCACAAGACGGUCGUUUUCAAUUAA